CCCCACCCCCAAAGUUGACGAUUGUGCCUGCAGUUGUCUAGCUAGCUCAAGUUAAUCUUAUACCAUGGCCGAAUUGAACAUAGGUUAUGAAGCUCUUGUUAGCUGUCAUGACAAGCUGGUCUCUGAAAUUGCUAAAGAUCCAAAGCAGAUGGCUGUUUCAUUAUUCCAACAUCGAUUCAUAUUCGAAGAUACAAAAGCUAAAAUCAAUGAGCUUGACAGAAUUAAAAGAGAUAAAGCUAUAUUACUGGUGGAUGACAUUGAAAGCAAAGUCAAGUGUUAUCCAGAGUUCUAUGAAAAAUUUCUGCUGAUUCUCGGUGAAAACGAAUUGCUGUAUUGCGACCUUGUGAAGUCGCUCCAAGAGGAGUAUGAAAAGAUCGAAGCAGAGUCUAAAGACGUUGCAGCAAGAUACAAGAAUGGUCAACUGAGCCUGCUACAACCAAUUCCUAUGUCAUCUUGGGUUGCCAUGACUGAUGAAACUGAUUCAGUUCUUGAGUUACCUACCGUAGACGAUGGAGGGACACUACUUGAUCCAUUAGAACACCCUCCUGAUAACGCUGAAGUGGGGGCAGACCUCAGAGCAGCUGCAACAAGCCGACAGGAAGCCCCUACUGUUGGUACAUUCGAAGGACGAUUACUACAAGCUUUCCAAAGUGGAGAAUUCGAAAAAACCAUUGAGCUUCUAUCCCAGGCUGAAAGUCAGUCCAUUGAUCUGAGAGACGUGUCUGAUGCAGAUGGCAAAACUCUUCUUCAUCUCGCAUGUCGCAAAAACUGGGUGGACUGGCAUGGCAUUGUGCGUAGCCUGGUUGAAAAGCACCAUUGUGAUGUUGCAGCAGUGGAUGAAGAUUGGAACACACCCCUUCAUGAGGCAUAUCAAUGCGGCAAUCUCCCAAUAGUAGCCUACCUGCUUAGCUUACCAUCUUGUAAUCCUGAUGCAAUCAACAAGCACGAGUACACUGUACUGAGAAUGGCCCUUGAGACAACUGACAAACCAACUGUCAGAGAUCUUCUAGCGACAGGACGAGUUGAUCCUAGAAAAGGUAGCCCACGUGGUCAUACUUACUCAGAAUUGCUUGCAAUGAAUCAGCUCCAACCACAAGAUUACGAUGGCUCAGCUCUUCAAAUGGUGACCCAGUUUGCAGAGUGCAUGGAGGGUAACAAUCACGUUCGCCAACCGUUCACUUCUUAUUGUUUGUUAACAGUACUCCACAAGGUCUUGAAGAACCGUACUCAACUUUCAAUCACUGGAAUAGUAGAUCGUAUUAAAGAGAACAUGUUACCUCUUCCAGAGAAACCAGACGCGAUUCAUGAUUUGCUUAUUGAUAUUCAUAGAUUGUCAGACGAGUUUGACCUAAGUGGGGAGCCCAAUGUUGCGGAUAUUCAAGUAAGAAAGAAAGAUGAUACGUCUGGGACAGAAUUCUGUCAACAUGAUAUUCAACUGAAGAGUAGUACGAGAAACGCCCCUCAGAAUGUUACAGUUCCAGCUGAUAUUGAUGAUCAGGAAAUACUUGACUACUCUAUUGCAAGCGAAGUACUACCAAUUUUGCAACCUUCUCAUACUGAGGAGAGUAUGGUGAACACCUUUCAUGAUCGUGAUUUUGUGAUUGCAGCAGAUAAUGAAGAACAGGAAACACCUGACUACUACUCUAAUGAAAGCGAUGGACUACCGAUUUUGCAACCUUCGCAAGAAGAGGAGCAGAAAACAACACAAAAUAAUGAAGCUCUCGGGAUUUUGGAUAGUGCAUAUGCAGUAUGCUGUUGUUGUUUCUGUUGUUGGUUUGGUGUCUUCUUACUCCUCGGAGUAUGCGGUGCAGUAUUGUACGAUGGCUAUUCACUCGUUGGUACCACUAGUGUGGUGCAAAUUCACAGGGAAUCCGUACCACUGAUUGUAAAACAUGAUCCAUCAACUAAAUAUAGGCUUUCGGAAAUUAGCGGAACAGACGUAGUCCCCAUUGUCUUCUAUACACUAAGCGAUUGCUUUUCUGAUGGUUCAUUUACAGACGUUAAGAUCAAUGAGAUAAUGACUGUAAACUUUGACUCCCCGACUGACUAUGGCAAGGCUGUUACUGAGUGGUAUCUCCUUGGAAAUACUACAAUUAGUAUCAAUAUUACCACUGAGGUUCUCCCUCAACAUUCCUCAGAUUCUUGUUUUACAGCUAUCGUUAUUUUUGACGAUCUUAACAACUAUUUAAACUUCCUUUCAAGUUCUUUUUUACUAAGCAGUUACUAUUACCUAGAAUGCAUUGCUAAUGAACAAUCACAAACGAGGAUUCUCACUUUCAACAAAACAUCAUACUACUACAUUGGUGUGUAUACAGACAUUCCCACUGAAGUUGCUGCUUACACUCUACACUUUGUUGGAACGUAUCUUCAAUACGACAUUUUAAAAGGGAACGCUAUCUGCUUUAUAAGCUCUCGUGAUGCUCUAAGUUGUGAUUUUUCUACCAACCAACCAGUUUGUAUUGUUGGUUUUGUACAACCUACUGAUCUGCUAUCAGGAAUAAGAUUAGCAAAUGUAGAAUAUGACACUGCUGCCUACUCUGACACAGUAGUAAAUACUUUUUUCUUCACUCCUCUCAUGUGCUCUGUUUUUUUGGUGUGUUUUGUGAGCUGUUUAUAUGUUAUUAUUUCACCGUGUACACCAGACAAACAUCAGGAAGCACAAAUUACUUAAUCAUGUUUAAUUGUUAUUUCAAUAAAGCAAUACAUGCAGUAUUAUAUAAAAGUAUCUAUUAUCUCUUUAUUUGUUCUCUCAAUAAGUGUCACUAUAAGCUGACAGCAUCCAUACAGUCAAUUGUA